AUGAAGACAGUCUCCCACCCACAGGUGUCGGGGAAGGCACCCAUUGGUGGGAUUGGCCUCUGUCGCAGUACUAAGUGGGAUUGGAAGUCCAUCACCCUGCACGUGAAGUUGGAGGUGCUGCGGAGGUUUGAGGAGGGUGAGAAGCUGAUGCAGAUCGCCCGGGCCCUGGGGCUGGCCACCUCCGCCGUUGCCUCGAUCUGUGUCAACAAGGACAAGAUCCAGGCCAAUUCCCAGGCCGCCACUCCAUUCAGUGCCACACAGCUGAUCUGCUGUCGGGGCGUGGUGAUGGGCCACAUGGAGCACUUGCUGAGCCUGUGGAUUGAGGAGCAGAAGCAGCAAAACCUGCCCGUCAGCACACUGCUCAUCCAGGACAAGGCACGCAGGCUCUUUGCACAGCUGCAGCAGGAGCAGGGUGAUGGCACCCAGGCUGAGACCUUCGGGGCCAGCAACGGCUGGUUUGCCUGCUUCAAGGCACGCCACAAUGUGCUGCUAAUGGAUGAGCCAGCUGUAGCUGACACCCAGGCUGCUGCCCAGUACCCCCUGGUGUUACACACCAUUCUGGAGGAGGGCUGCUACUCACCGUUCCAAGUCUUUAAUGUGGAUGAGACGGGCCUGUUCUGGAAGCAGCUGCCUGAGUGCAUGCUCCUGGCACUGGAGGGGGCAGCCAGGCCAGGGCCCAAGGCCUCUAAGACCACCUGA